AUGGGCGAAUCAUCAAGACGAGAUCGAUCAAGAUCCCGCUCACCAUCUCGAAAACAUCGUGAACGGGAUCGCAAGGACAAAAACCGAGAGAGCAGAGAUCGAUCACCGUCUUCGAAGCAUCACUAUCAUCAUAGAUCGUCCAAACAUCACGAAGAUGAAGAUAGACACAGGAAGCAUAAAAAGGACAGAAGGGAUAGGGACGAGACUGAGGAAGAGAGGAAUGAGAGGAAGAGGCUGAAGAAGAAAAAGAGCAAGGUGGAUGAAAAAGGAUUGGAAAUUGUUGAUGAUGAUUAUGAUGAGUCGAUGUGGGUAGAAAAGGGGAUUGAUGGAACGGAAGCCACAUCAAAUAUACCUACUUCCGAUUCACUGGCACUCCAAUCCAACCCUUCCAACCCUCCUCCAAAGGUGCCUUUACCCCCGUCGACUUCCAGCGGAUCUCAGGCUAGAGAGAGAGAGUCAUGGAUGCUGGAGCCUCUGGAUGGCACCUCAGCGACUGUACCUGCUCCAACAAGAGAUAUACCGAGAAGUGCAGGAAGUAGGGGAGGCAUGACAGAAGGCUAUGGGGAUGAGACCGUGUCAAAUAGGAAUUUGGGAGGAGGGAUGGAUUUCUUCGAAGGACUGGGAACGGUCCAUGAGAGGAAAGAUCCAAAAGCUGAUUUACCUGAUCCGUCAAAACUGGUCGUCGACAAGCGAUUUGAGCUGAAUACACAGUUGCUGGAAGGUAAAAAUAUCGAUGAUUAUGAGACUAUUGAAAAGAAAAUCACCCCUGGUGGACCGGGAUACCAGUGGAGGAUGAUGAAGUUGAAGCGACUGUAUGAACAAGCGGAGGAACAGAAUCGAGAAGUUGAAGAUGUCGCUUUAGAGCGAUAUGGUAAUCUUGAAGAUUUCCAAGCCGCCCUCGAAGAACGACGCAUAUUAGACGAGAAAGAGGCAAGACGUAGAUCCCGAAGGGGUCAACCUGGUUCAGAUGGAUUUUCAACGCCUGGAGGAGGAUCUUCAGGAUUUCGUACACCUGAUACAACCAAUCGGAGAUUCAUGUUCACGAACCCAUCAGGUGGAGAGGAGCUCGGAUCAAGUAGACCAAGUUCAAGAAGUGGAUUCAGACGUCCACAAGGUCAAGGUGAAGAGAAUGAUUUCCAGACCCCCUCUGGAUCCGGAGGAGGAAGAAUCGAUGAAUUACGUAGAAGGGAGAGUGGUACGAAUGUCAAUGUCACUCCCGGAGGUAAAGAGAGGGCAAUCGGAUUCACAAGUCAACAGCCUAAAGUAUCGACGCCAAUUCCAAGUGUGUUCACUCCUACUUCCUUGACCCGAUCUGCUUCAGGAUACCCUUUCAAUUCUACCGCCGAGGGAGGGGGCGGUGCGGUGGAAAAUCCUGAUCCUACUUCAUCCAAACCGCCUUUGACGACCGAACAGUUAAAUAAACUACAAGCGAGAGUCAUCAGAGCUAAACUGAUGGAUGAACCCAAUGCGGUGUCACUAGAAGAAGAAUACGAGAGGGAAAGAACGAAAUCUGAACGGGCAAAAGAGAAUGGCGGAGCGGGAUUAUGGCAAGGCUCGACUGAUCCUAGUGGAUUACAAGGUCAGUUCGGAAGGACGGACGGUAAAGGGAAUCAAGUUGAGGUGCAGAUGUUGCCGACACUGGACGGGAGAGGUAAAUUGUAUGAUGUUGGAUUGGGCGCUUCGGAUGAAGGGGAAUUGCGGCCUGGUAAUAGGAGAAAGAAGGUUGAAAAGUUCGAGACUAGAGAUAGGGAAGGGAACGUCCUUCGGUACAAUGCAGAUGAUGAUACCCAAUCUCUGGGUGAAUUAGUGAGACAAGAAAAAUUCGGUGCUGGAUCAAGUGAUCAGAAGAAUAUGGAUGCGGAGAUGGCAGCUGCUAUCACUAGAGAUGCCAAAUUUGAGUCUGAUGUUGACUAUAUGGACGAUAAUGUUGAUAAACUUGCAAGGAGGAAGAUGAAGAGUGAUGCGAUGAAACGGGCAUUCGCAAUCAAUGAUUACGCUAGAACGAAGAAAGCUCUUGACAGUUGUUCAUUCUGCUAUCAAGAUGAUCGAAAUCCCCUGGCAGCGAUCGUCGCUCUAGGUACUCGAACGUACAUGUGUUGCACGCAAUUCGAAGAACUCGUUCCUGGACAUUGUCUGAUCGUACCUAUACAGCAUCAUCUAAGUAUGUUGGAGAUGGAUGAUGAUGAUUGGGAAGAAGUCAGGAAUUUCAUGAAAUGUCUGAUGCGUAUGCACGCUCAAACGAACCACGGAGUGAUCUUCUUCGAAACGGUCUUAUCAUUCAAAUAUCAAAAACACACUUAUAUCGAAGCUAUCCCAGUCCCUUAUGAAACUUUCCAAGAUUUACCUGCCUACUUUAGAGAAUCGAUAAUGGCCUCUGAAGGAGAAUGGACACAACAUAAGAAAAUUAUUGAUUUUUCAACUAGACCGGGUGGAUUUAGGAGGAUGAUGGUUCCCAACUUGCCUUAUUUCAUGUGUCAAUGGGAUUACAAGGGUGAAAAGGGGUAUGGACAUGUGAUUGAGGGUGUAUCGGAUAGUGGGACAGGUGCGGGUAAAGCGGAAGGUGAAGAUAAAGAGGGGGAUGUAGGUGGUGCAGGGGGUAAAGAAGAUGAAUUUCCAAGAUACUUUGCAGCGGAAGUUAUAGGUAAUGUGUUAGGUUUGGAACCUCGUAAAUGGAGGAAACCACGUAAGAUAGAUUAUAAUUUGAAUAAAGAUCGAGCUAGAAAAUUAGGAGAAAAGUUCCAACCUUUUAAUUGGACUGUUGGACAAGGCGUCUAG